GCGCUUCGCGGAGCGCCACGGCCCGAUCAUGGCGAUCCACCUAGGCACGGUCACCACCAUCGUUGCCUCCUCCCCGGAUGCCGCCCGCGACAUCCUCCAGCGCCAUGACGCAGCUUUCUCGGGGCGCUCCAUCCCAGACGGCACCCACGUGUUCGCGCACAACACACGCUCCAUGGGCUGGCUUCCGGCCAGCAGCCCCCGAUGGCGCGCCCUACGCAAGGUGUGCUCAGGUGAGCUCUUCGCGCCGCACCGUCUCGACAUGCACCAGUCUCUGCGCCAGGAGAAGGUGCAGCAACAUGUGUUUUGAUUUUCGGUUUGAGCUUUUUUUUUCGCCCUUGGCCGAGAUGGCCGAAUUUCGGCCAUUUUCAAACAUUUCGGCUGAAAUUUAACCAAAUUUUGACUGCAAUUUGACUUAAAUUUGAUCAAAAUUGGCCAAAUUUGAGAAAUUUCGGCCUAAAUAUACUUUUCGCCCCAGGCCGAGAUGGCCGAAAUUCGGCCGAAAUCCACUUUUUUCGGCCGAAAAUCAAAACACGCCAGCAACUCGUCUCCCACGUGACGCAGCUGGCACGAGAGGGCACACCCGUUUGCGUCGGCCGCCUCGGUUUUAUGACUGCACUUAACCUGCUCUCCUCCACCAUCUUCUCAACCGAGUUGGCCAUCCUCGACGACCGCCAUGUCAAGCCUUCGGACUUCAAGGCCAUGCUCGCAGAGCUAAACGUGACCGUCGGAUUGCCAAACCUCUCGGACUUCAUCCCUGAAGUGGCGUGGCUAGACCUGCAGGGCCUGAGGAGACGCAUCGAGGGCUUGUUCACGCGGCUGCAUGCCAUGAUCGGCGAGCAGAUCGAGCAUCAGAUGCGGGACCGUGCCGCCAUCGCAGGUGCGCCGACCAAGAAAAACUUCCUGGACGUGCUGCUGGACUACCACAACUUCCUGGACGUGCUUCGAGCGCCAGACGGUCCUCUCAUUGAUUUCGCUCACGUACGUACGGUACAUGCAUGUGAUCAGGACUUGUUCAGCGCGGGGACGGAUACAAGUUCAGCCACGGUAGAAUGGGCGAUGGCGGAGCUGCUACUGAAUCCAUCAUGCAUGUCGAGAGCCCGCGAAGAGCUCGACCAAGUGAUAGGCUCUAAAGAACACGUUGAGGAGUCCGACAUUGGACAGCUCAAGUACCUCCAAGCCAUCGUGAAGGAGACUUUCCGGCUCCAUCCUCCUGCGCCGUUCCUCCUCCCGCACGUGGCGGAGAGAACGACACAGGUCCGGGGAUAG